UGUACCCGUGCGGAACCCUAUGCAGCAUAGACUACUAAUCUGGAGCCGAGAUUAGGCUUCAGCGAAGUAGAGGGUCUGAGUCAUCAUAUCUGCACGAUCCAGGUUGGUAUGCUCGCAGGUCUCCUUAUGUUGUGGUCCACGAGUUUUAGAAACGUAAUUUGGACGCUGAUGGACCUCCAAUGUCACUCCUUGACUGGCCACAACAAUUUCUUUCUAGACUUGACGGUGGCGCCAGCAUCAGCACGCGGCCUGCAUGCCGUGUUUUCGUGUUCGACUUCCAUCUCUAUAUCCGGGGUCAUGAAUGAACACUUGCUCCCACCUCGCAUAGAGCGCAUGUUCUCCUGUGCUCAGUGAAAAUGCCUGUGACGUUCUAUUCUGAUGGGCCAGAUGCGCGCACGAUUUACCUGCAGUAAAUCAUUCAUGCGGAGUUCAAUU